AUGACCGGUUCGUUUUCUACACAUUUACCUCUCAUUAACUAAUGAAAAAAAUACUGAGGCUCCAAAAACGAUAUGAAAUAUUUUUGCAGGUCACUGGAGCUACUACGAAGAUGACGGAUGCGGUAAGUCUAUGAGGAGUUUUUAUUUAACGAAUCUCAUGAUCAAUGUCAAAAAGAGAGUUGGCUAUUGUCAAAACUAUUUUGAGACGAAAUUUUGCCUCGACGCACAUUGCACAAACCAAUCCAUCUUCUUGUUGGCUCCACCAAAUUUUUUGAGAAAACGAAAAAUUCCUCCCAAUACGUCUUGAGCUCUCGAAGAGACAUGAAAAAAAUUUUGUGAAAACAGCUUUCCCCAUUUCAUUAAUAAAAACCCCUCCUAUUACCGUAUCCUUGGGACAUCAAGAGGCAAUGUUUUUUUUUUUCAGAAAGAUUUAACUCAUAAAAAAAGAUCUCAAAUUUAGAGAUUUUUUUGAUUUAUCAGAAAUAUUUUUAUGGGUUUUGAAGGACCUACUCAAUGGCCAAACGGAUUAAGACAAUCGCCAGUGAACAUUGACCUGAGCAAUGUGGUGUUCCAUGAAACCAACGACGGCAUUAAGUUUGUAAACUACGAUCAUGUUCUUCGCGGAGAACUCGUUAACAACGGACAUUCUGGUAGAUAUCGAGUCAAUGAACAUUUUAUGGAAUAUUUUGUGUAGUUCAACUGAAACCGGAACUGUACGGCGAAGCUCCGGAGAUUUAUGGUGGCGGUUUGGACCAAGUUUACCGUCUAGUGCAAUAUCAUUUCCAUUGGGGUUCAAACUGCUGCGAAGGUGAUGGGAAAAGGAAAUUUAGAAUAAUGAGGUGAAAACAGGGUCUGAACACCUGAUUGACGGAAAGAGCUAUCCGGCGGAACUUCAUUUGGUUCACCAGGGGACUGAAGAUCCGAAUAUGCUCGCCGUCAUUGGCGUUUUCCUAGAAAUCGGCGACGAUGGUUCUGCUCUUGCUCAAGAGGAGCAAGUUCUUUCGAGGCUUCAAUAUAACAGUUUUCCAGCUUUUUUUUCAAGAAAAGUGAAAAUAUCUUGCAGAUUCUUCCGCCUACGUCGAAAACAUCGUGCUUGCUGAUAAACUACCAAUUAAUCGUAAUUCUUUCUUCAGGUAUUCAGUUUCAAAAUAUUUUUCAAAAAUAUAACUAGUGAGAUUUGACUUUAGGUACUCCGGCUCCUUGACGACUCCGCCAUGCUCGGAGGUCGUUACAUGGACGGUCUUCCCUCAACCAAUCCAAGUCACCGAGGAACAGGUUUACUUCAUCUUUUCUCAGUAUCUUCAGCAUCCAACAUUCAGCUUGACCUUUUCCGGAACGUGGAAGACCCUUACCGUCGUCCAAUUGUGAGAAACUUCCGCCCUGUCCAAGAGCUCUACGAUCGCGAAAUCACACAAUAUGAAAUUGUCUAG